AUGACGACUAUCGGUGGAUGCUGGAUUCCUUUAGCUUUUCCGACGCCUACUUGCUCGAAGUAUAGGGGCGGAGGCCUGGUUUCGAUAAACCCAACCUCACCCUCUCCGUCUCCGCUUGCUCUUCGUCUUUCAUCAUUUCAAGGUCUAAGAUUGCACGGUGGAAGGGGGAUCGUUGUUGCUACUAGAGCUAGAGCUGGAGUUGGAGAACGGGUGAAUGGAGCUUCGGAGACGGCGUUGUUUGAUCCUCACUUGGAUGAAAUGGAUGUCGUCACAUUUCUUGAUCCUCUCAAGGAUUUGAUUCCUUUGGACCCCAAUUCUUAUAAUCCGGCUGCUUAUCUCUGGAAAAAAAUUGGAGACAUUUUGGAGGAAAGACGCCAUUGAUUUCUUCAAUUA